UUGCUCCCAACGCCCCUGCUCCCUACGCCACUGCUCCCUACGUCACUGCUUUCAACUCCACUGCUCCCCAAGCCGCUGCUCCCUACGCUGGUGUUGCCCACGCCGCUGCUCCCCACGCCACUGCCCCUACACCACUACCCUCAACUUCACUGCUCCCAAUGCCACUGCUCCCCACACCACUGCUCCCAACGUCACUGCUCCCAACGCCCCUGCUCCCUACGCCACUGCUCCCUACGCCACUGCUCCCCACGCCACUGCCCCUACACCACUGCCCUCAACUUCACUGCUCCCAAUGCCACUGCUCCCCACACCACUGCUCCCAACGUCACUGCUCCCAACGCCCCUGCUCCCUACGCCACUGCUCCCUACGCCACUGCUCCCAAUGCCACUGCUCCCCACGCCACUACUCCUCACGCCAUUGCUCCCCACGUCGCUGCUCCCUACGUCGCUGCUCUCCACGUCGCUGCUCCCCACGCCGCUGCUCCCCACUCCGCUGCUCCCCACUCCGCUGCUCCCCAAGUCGCUGCUCCCCACGCCACUGCUCCCUACGCCACUGCCCUCAACUUCACUGCUUCCAAUGCCACUGGUCCCCACACCACUGCUCCCAACGUCACUGCUCCCGACGCCCCUGCUCCCUACGCCACUGCUCCCUACGCUACUGCUCCUCACGCCACUGCUCCUCACGCCACUGCUCCUCACGCCACUGCUCCCCACGCUGCUGCUCCUCACGCCACUGCUCCCCACGCCGCUGCUCUCCACGCCACUGCUCCCUACGCCACUGCCCUCAACUUUACUGCUCCCAAUGCCACUGCUCCCCACACCACUGCUCCCAAUACCACUGCUCCUAACGUCAAUGCUCCCAACGACCCUGCUCCCUACUCCACUGCUCCCAUCGCCACUGCUCCUCACGCCACUGCUCUCCACGCCACUGCUCCCCCACGCCGCUGCUCCCUACGCCACUGCUCUCAACUCAAAUUCUCCCAACGCCACGGCUCCCUACGCCACUGCUCACCACGCCGCUACUCCCAACGCCACUGCUCCCCACGCCACUGUUCUCCACGCCACUGCCCACGCCACUGCUCCCUACGCCACUGCUCCCCACGACACUGCUCCCCCACGCCGCUGCUCACAAUGCCACUGUUUCCUGCGCCACUGCUCCCUACGCCACUGCUUCCAACGCCACUAUUUCCAACGCCACUGCUCCCAAUCCCAACGCUAUUAAUCCCAACGCCACUGCUCCUAACGCUACUCCCACCUACUCCUCCUCCUACUAACUCCCAACACCACUACCUACUCCCAACACCACUACCUACUCCCAACACCACUACCUAA